UUAGGCAUAAGCUGUAACGCACCUACAGGACCUAUAGGCGUAGAAGUAUUGCAUUACUGCCAUUGUAAAGACGAGUCGACACGACUUCAUGUUGUAGCACAGCAUGGACGCAUGAAAAUAUCCGAUGCAUAA